AUGAAGCUUUUGACCAAGUGCUUCAGAAGGAGGUGGUCCUACGGGCCCAGAAAGAAGAAGAGACAUCAAAGGAUAGCGGGAGUAUUGGAGAAGGAACAUAGCAUUAGUGAGGGCCAGGCAGGUUUCCGCAAGAAGAGGGGGUGCGUAGACCACGUGUUCACGGUAGGGAGAAUCACCCAAGGUAGAAAGAGGGCGGGAAAGCCGACGUACUGCUUCUUCCUGGACGUGAAAAAGGCAUACGACACCGUAUGGAGAAAUGGGUUGUGGAAACAACUGUCCAAAUACGGGAUCAAGGGGAAAAUGUGGAGAGUGCUGAAGAAGAUGACAGAGUGCACGAAAAGCGCGGUCAUGCUAGACGGAGAACUGUC